AUGGCUUCAGAGGCCAUGGAGGAUGUACAGCCAGGGGACAAGAGACCUGCGCUUGACAUCGAGAGCCUGAAGCGCAAGAAGUUCAAGGCUGAGGACCUCCCUUUGUCCGCGGCGCAACACGGUGCCAUUGACAAACUCCUGCACUCGUUCAAGAAGAAGGGCGGUUUCGACAGUAUACGGAAACAAUUAUGGGCUGAUUUCAAUGAGGGCGAAUCAAAGACGAUGUUCACCGACCAAUUGAUCGCGCUCGCCGAGUCGGAGAUCGAACGCGAACCGGCACACCUCUCACGGGAGAGAGGCAAGGCCGCGACACUUAUUGAGGGAGCUGUCGACCGUGGUGACGUUUACAAAAAUGUGGAGAACUCCAUCGACCGACUCGCUUCGAAGCAUCUUGAUGCAAUUAUGGACACAGUGCGCGCCAUCCGCCGUCAAGAUAUUGGCGAAGAGGCGGCUACCAAAGAAGAGCAGGCUGGCAGCAAAACAGACGAUGAUUACAACGCCCAUGUCAAGGAAAAACGGGAUGCACGGGAGGAAGUUUAUCGCGAGGAGAUGCGCAAACAAAAGGAAAUCGAAGACGAACAGAAACGUAUUCGAGCCGAAGAAUUACGAAAGAAACGAGAGAUCGAACGCAAAAAGGAGGAUGAAGAGCGAGCCCGGAGGAAAGAGAUCGAUGACCAACGGCGAGCCGAGCGUGAGCGCCUGCGUGAUGAACAACGCGCUCUUGAUGAGCAGCGAGAUCGCGAACGAGAUGAGAGGUGGCGCGGCAGAGAUGACCGGGAUCGUUAUCGCGGUUGGGAUCGUGAUCGUAGCCGGACCAGAGACCGUGACCGUGACCGUCUUCGUGAUCGUUCGCCGGCAUAUCGAUCGGAUCGCGGAGGAUCCCCACGCGGCCGAGACACGAAAACAGAAAGAUCAAAUACUUCGGCCAUUCCAACGCCAGCACCAGCGCCACCGGUGGACGAGAAAUCGCUGGAGGAGGCAGCUUUGCAGAUGCUCUUGAAAGAGGGUGAGGAACUUGCAGCAAAGGCACGACAAAAGCCGGAGUUUGACUUCGAAGAAGCGGAAGCUAUCGAAAAUGGACUCAAGCCGGGGUCUACAGCCACAGCACCGGCCAAGACUUCAAAUGAAACGAAACCCGCAUCAACCAGAGCAGCUACACCAUCUCGACGACAGGAACCGAUGCCAGAUCGAACCCGGAAUCCGGACAGGGGGCGAAGUCGAAGCCGCAGCCGAUCUCACCGGCGGUAUGCAUCUCAUUAUGACCCGAACCGCCGUCGAGACCGGUCUCGGGAUGCUUCGACCAGACCGCGAGACCGUGAUGUGGAUGACCGUCCCGGACUCCGCGACUUCCGUGAACGUGCCCGCGAUGAGCGAAGCUGGCGGCCAACUCGUCGCAGCCGCAGCCGCAGUCGAUCUGUCGGCCGAGGAUGGGACAGGGAUAGUAAACGAGAGCGAGAUCGUCCCCGCUCAAGGUCUCGUGAACGUGAUUACGACCGCCGGCGGCAUGAUCGGAGCCGAGACAGGAGUCGGGAUCGUGACCGUGAUGAGCCUCGCCGUCGCGCUCGCUCUCCGACUCAUCGACGCUCACUUAGUCGUCGUCGAUCACGCUCCCGCGUUCGAGAAACCCGGGAUCGAGAACGAGUGAAAUCGCGAUCUCGAUCCCGAUCGGAAGACGCAGACGAUCGCGAUCCCGUCGCGCAUCACGAACUAGGCGGCCUUCCCCUGCCCGCCGUGCCUCUCCCAGCUGCCUUGAUAUCGAUCGCUACGUUCCUUCAACUAGCAACCGCAGCAAGUCUCCCCGACGCCGAGUCCGGUCUUCAGAACGUGAACCAAGACAAGCGGCGGCCAGAUUCGGUGAUAUUGACCGAUACAUGCCUCCAUCCGAAAGAGAAAAUGAUUCUACUCGAGAAGCGGGCAAAGAAAAAGAGCCCGAAGCCACUGUCACUCAUACCAAAGAACCCGAGGAACGACGAACUCGUCGUCGAAGCCCGAGUCCCAUUCGGCGAAGAAGCCGCAGUCGUCGGCGAAGUCCUGAACGACGAAGGAGUCGUAGUCGGCGCAGGAGUCGGAGCCGGAGCCGAAGUCGAAGAAGAAGCCCAAGCCGCAGACGAAGCCACCGAUGAGGGUGAGACACUUGCUCUGUAA